AUGACUCCCUCGUGUGUCCUUGGUGACCCAGCUCUGGUCUGCGUCCCUGCUACCUGUGAUCCAAUACAUGUGUUAUCAAGUGAAAGGGAUCAUGCACAAGCAACUGCCCAGGCCCAUAUAAUUAAUGAUGAAAUGAGGAAAGUACCAGCAUUUAAAACAAUGUUUAGUAACCUGGUCCACUAUCCGCCGUACUCUGUGCAAUUAGAAGAAAAAUAUCCUGUCCCCCCAUUCAUUGAUCGAAGGUGGAGGGGAAGGGUCCUGCGGCGCCUUGAGGCUCUUCAGAAGCUUGAUGUAUCUCAGCCUUCACUUCAUAUUCCUGGAAUUGAGUAUGAAGAUCCUGAAGUUAGUGGAAGGAAUCGCUGGAAGUAUUUUGAACGGCCUUUUAUACCAUUUCAUAAACCAAUUCCACUGAAUGUUGUCUACGCCAUGUCAAAGCCAGAGCUGUAUGAGAGUCAAGCAGAAACUGGGGACAAACCUGCUUACCUCAUUUCACGAUCAGUUGGCACACAGACGGAUUACCGGGAUGGUGAAGCUCAGACAGAUCCCUACAGCCCUGAGUAUGUGGUGCCUUCUGGCUCAAUUCCUGAAUUACUGACCCUUGCCACACUGACCUGGGGGCGGGGCCUUCCAGCAACCCAGGCAGAGGUGGAGGUGAUUGAACGUGCCCGAGAGAAACGUGCCUGGGAGGCAACCCUACCACCUCUGAAUGAUGCAGCACACAUUGCAAAAAGGAGACGGAUGAUGGACGAAAUGGAGAGGAAAGAGUGGGCCUUCCGUGAGGAAGAAAUAGAAGAAUUGCAAGAAGUUAGACUAGAACUUCUAAAGGCCCUACUGAGAAAUCGGGAAGAGAAUCGCAGUGAACUAAACGUCAGUCGCUUAGAUACUCAGUGGUUUAAGCUCAUGCGAGAAAAAGAAGAGAAAGUGAAAAGGAUUCAACAUGAACACAUAAAGGCAAUCAGAAGAAUAAUAGCUAAAAGCAAAAAUGUGGAAGGAAAAUUGGAGAGAAGGAAUAUCAUCAAGGACUACACAGAAUAUGACUCACAGCCUUAUGCUCCUCUUUCAAGGAUUGGUUACUUUCCAGAUAACCAUGCAGACCGUUACGUUGUGAAGAACCCAUUUCUUAAUACCUAUGAAGGAUUACUUGAACUGGAGGCAUCUUUUCCUGACUCUGUUACCCAGCCUCGAACAGAAGCUCCAAAACCCAAGAGCACCACUACUAAGGAUGGGUUUAUUAAGCGGUCUGCUAGAUAUGAGAUGGAUCUGGCAGAGGUUUACCAGAUCUUGCAAGACAGGAAGAAUAAAAUCAAGGAGCCACCCAAGCCACUUCGUUUCCUUCAGAAAAAAACCAAGUUAGUUGAUCGUCCUCCCACUCCAACACUGGAAAUGCCUUCACCAAUAGAAGAAGAGAGAGAACUUGCUGUGAUUACACUACAGAGAUUAAUUCGCGGCAGAGCUUUCCAAAACAUGAUGUUUGAAGGGAAGGAAAAGCGAUUGGAGCUGAUCCGGGAGUUGCGUACCACUCAUGCACUUCAGGAGGAUGGACAACUGCUGAAGAAGGCUGAGAAGCAAGUCACUUUGGCAUUACAACGGCAGCGGGAUUUGCAUGAACACAAGGUGUCUCUCAUGGAAAAGCAUCUGGCUCGUGUUGAGGGGAGAGCACUUGCAAACAUGUUUGACUUCCUAUCCAAAGAGUUAAUUCGGCUACAGGAGGAGCGAAGGAUCCAUGCUUUUGCGAUGCUAGCGGAAAGACAGCGCCGAAUGAGAGAAGCAGAGGAGAGCGGAAGGCGCCAGGUGGAGGAGAGGCGCAGAAGGGAAGAGGAUGAAAUCUUUAAACAGGUUGUGAAGGUACAUCAGAUCACAGUUGAUUCCUACUUAGAAGAUGUCAUCUUGGACAACAUGGAAUCGACAGCCAAUGAGCAAGCCAAAGAAGAGAUUCAAAGAAUGGCCAUCGAAAUCAACAAUAUUGCUUAUGAAAUGGAAUCACGUCGAACUCACCUGCAGUCUGAAGAGAUUGUGGCAGAACUGGUUUAUAGCUUCCUGAUCCCUGAAGUGCAGAAAACAGCCAUUAAGGAGAAAGUAAAGCUAUCGCAAAGAAAGCAUAUUAACGCUGCCCAUCAGAUCAUCCAUGGGAAUACAGAGGUGGCUGUAGGACAGUUUCUUGCAACAGCACGCCAAAAUUUGCCUGGAAGCUUUUCUGAGACAGGCUUUCCAAGUGAUUACUUGCUUGCAGCAACUGCCGAACAACAAGAAACCCCUGAGCUGCACGAGACAAGGCUUCCGGAUGAUGAAGCCCAACCUGAAGUAGAACAGGAAGGGAGUGAUGAAUGUGCCAUGCCCCCACAGAGUUCGGAGGGAGAAGAAAAAUAAGAUUGGAAGGGUCGUGUUUCAAAAUGGAAAGAAAUGGGGGACUGCUCUGGAAACACUGGGGAGCCACCUGGAGCCUGUGCCCGACUUCAAGGAAGAUACUCACAAGAAACAGCCCCCCUCUACAGCCCCUUUGGUGGUUAAAGGGGUCGUAAAUAUUAUUUAAACUGAACCACUCCUUAUAAGAAGAUGUAGUACAUUUCUUGUCCUUCUUUUGUAUGUAGCCUGUUUGGAUUGACUCAACUCUUCUUCAGGUAACAGUUUCUAAAGCCCUUGGAUUUUCUUAGGUUUGUGUUGCUGGUUCCUAACAGGCUGCUGACUUUGAGGAGAAGAUAAUGCCAUAACUGAUAACUGAACCCAUGUUGUCAGUUAGCCAUUAGGCUGAGUGGGCAUUUCUUCUGUUUUCUGUGGUGCACUGGGCACUAUUACUAGGUGUCUUAUCCACUGUUUGUCUAACUGUGAAUGAAUCAAUGAAUGAAUGAAUGAAUAAAUAAAGGGAAAUUGCAGCAAUAAAAA